AUGAGUGAAAGAGGUGGCUGGGAGACACUCAGUAAUAGAGAGGAGAAGCGGCUGCCUGGAGGUCCAGGGGAGUCUUUGGAUGGGCCAAAUUUUCCUGUCAGGUACCAGUGGAGGCUGAUGAGCAUGUACGACCACAAAGCUAUUAAGUGGGAAAAAGACAAAGAAUUAAGUGUAGCCAUAGGUGACCUGGAGACACUCAGUAAUAGAGAGGAGAAGCGGCUGCCUGGAGGUCCAGGGGAGUCUUUGAAUGGGCCAAAUUUUCCUGUCAGGUACCAGAAGCACGGCAGCUGCCGAGGGCUUCUCUGGCCAGUGGCUCUCCCUCCAGUCUACAGCACGAGGAAUAUCUUUGUGAACCUCUUCAAGGGCCUUUUUGGCAAAAAAGAAAUGCGCAUUCUCGUGGUGGGCCUGGACGCUGCGGGGAAGACCACCAUCCGGUACAAACUGAAACUGGGUAAGAUCAUGACCACCAUCCCCACCACUGGAUUCAAAGUGGAGACUGUGGAGUAUAAGAACAUCAGCUUCACUGUGUGGGACUUGAGUGACCAGAACAAUAUCUGGCCUCUGUGGCGCCACUACCUCCAGAACACACAAGGUCUCAUCUUUGUGGUUGACACCAAUGAACGAUAGCAUGUGAACAAGGCACGAGAGAAGCUUAUGUGGAUGCUGGCAGAG